UGCAAUAUUUGUUCCUGGUUGAUGUGGACAGAAGAGGAGCUGCUGGGUGAGGUCUGCUGUUGUAGCUGAGCAAAUAAUGGGGCAAAGCAGUAAACUCGGGUCAGAAAAUCCUCGGAAUUCAUCUAGUUAGCGGGAUUUUAAAAUUCAGAUAUUUGUUCUUUCAGUUUUGCGGGGCCUCUCUCAUGAGCACACCAUGUUAGCUGCUAGCUGCUAGCCGCUAACGCCUAAUGCCAGUGCACCUGUGUCCGGCUUCUUUGUCUCACUCGUGUCGGUAUCUUAAUUUUCUCCCCUGUCAUUGAACUUGCUAAGAUAAACGUUAGCUACUUUUAUUUAAAUUUCAUCCUCUAAUGUGGAAAGCUUCUGUCACCAGUAUCCGACGUGCGCUGUCAAAGCUAGACAAAGACCUGGCGACUGUCUCCGUCCAGAAAUGUAUGAUGUGAACUCUGCAGGCGUCCAGCUGGAUAUUUAUACACCCCAAUAGUCAAGCUAGUCCCAAAACUAAGAAAUGGCGUCUUCCAAAGCAAAAGUCGGAGUCAACAGUGAGACCCAGAAAGAAAGUAAAGGCAACGCCAGCAGUUCAGCUGGAGAAGCAUCACCAAAUAACCGGAUAUACAGCCUUGAUGACCUGGAGACUGUUGCCACAGUUGGCACGGGGACUUUCGGCCGAGUCUUCCUGGUCAAGGACAAGAAGAGCAGGGCCUUCUUCGCCCUGAAGCAGAUGAAGAUCCCGGACGUGAUCCGACUGAAGCAGGAGCAGCAUGUCCACAACGAGAAGGAGGUGCUGACAGAGGUCAACCACCCCUUCCUCAUCCGACUGUUCUGGACCCACCACGAUGAACGUUUCCUCUACAUGCUGAUGGACUACGUGCCCGGCGGCGAGCUGUUCAGCUAUCUGCGCAGCCGUGGGCGCUUCAGCAAUGCGACGGGCCUCUUCUAUACCUCGGAGAUCGUAUGUGCCAUCGAGUACCUCCACUCCAAAGAAAUCGUGUACCGAGACUUGAAGCCGGAGAACAUCCUGCUGGACAGCGAAGGACACAUCCGCCUGACUGACUUCGGCUUCGCUAAGAAGCUCUCUGACAGGACCUGGACUCUGUGUGGCACUCCUGAGUAUUUGGCUCCCGAAGUCAUCCAAAGCAAAGGUCACGGCCGAGCGGUGGACUGGUGGGCUCUGGGUAUCCUCAUCUUUGAAAUGCUGGCUGGGUACCCGCCGUUCUUUGAUGACAAUCCAUUUGGAAUCUAUCAGAAGAUUUUGGCCGGAAAACUGGAAUUCCCACGCCAUCUGGAUUUCUAUGUCAAAGACCUCAUCAAGAAAUUUCUGGUCAUUGACCGAGCCAGACGGCUAGGAAACAUGAAGAACGGAGCAGAUGAUGUGAAAAAGCACCGAUGGUUCAAGACAAUUGACUGGGAUGCGGUUCCUCUGAGGAAACUGAAGCCUCCAAUAGUUCCUAAAGUUUCCCAUGAAGGCGACACCUCCAACUUUGAUAUCUACCCAGAGGACGACUGGAAGAAAGACCCUCCUGUGCCUCAGAAGGACUUGGAGAUCUUCAAGAACUUCUGAACUCUCAGCCUGGCUUAUUUAUUGAUUGAUUGAUUGGUUGAUUGAUGGAAUACGCUGAGAAUUGACACAACAUAUUGUAAAGGUACUGUUACAGGUACUAUCAUGGAGAAAAUACUUAUUUAUCAAAAUAAGGGGGGGUCGCAUUUUAUCUUUAAUAACGACUUCCCUGAACUCCAAAUGACAGAUGCUGUGACAUGUAUCAAACCACAGAGAGGAUUUGCUUUUUAUAUUUUUAUUUAUCUGACUAAAGUCAAAUCUUUGUUGUUUUAAUUUCAUGAUUUUUUUAAUCAUUGUUUUUUCUCUGAGCCUGCUCAUAUGCAAAAAGAAAAAAAAUCUGGUUCCUUUGAAACCAAAAGACUGUUACUUUCUAGGUUUAAAACUGAAUGAUCAGGUCUUUUUUUAUAUUGUCAUGUUUUAUAUUUUCUCUGCUUUUAAAAAUGUUCAUGUAGUCAUAUUUAAUGUGACUCCAGACUGGUGCUGUAACUGUCAGCUGGCCAGUAGUCAUUAAUGACUUAUUAUACUGUUUGUAGUCAGACACUUUAUUUUAAAAAUGCGUGACAGGUAGCACUUGUAAAAAGGUGCCUUACACCCCAAUUUGAUGGGAAUAUUGUCUCGCAGUUACAUCACUUGAAAUCAGCAGCACUAAUGGAAGUGAAAUCGUCGUACUCUCAGUGCAUGUGAGGUUGUACAGAACAGGCUGCUCUCCUACUGUAAAGCUGUCUCCUCCCAGCUCUGUUAUUUCCUCCUGCAGCUCUGCAACAGGUUCAUCCACAGUCAAAGUUCUUUGUUAUUAUUGUACAGCCACAGCUGGUCUACAGACUUUCCCAUCACACCUUCAGUCAUCAUCAUUAUCAUCGUCAUCACUGUCAUGCUUCUAAAACUGAGUCAUGUGAGGUGAAACUCAUGUUUAACCUUGAUGUAGUCAGUAUUCACCAGCAUUUCAGUUGAUAUUUCAGAACACGUCCACCCUCAAGAUUUUCAUUCUGUGCCUCGGCCUCCGUUGCAGUGCUGCCAGCUAAACUGAAAACAUCUCGUUAGCAGGUGUUGCGACAGAAAACAACAGCAGGUCUAAACAAAGCUGCAUUGUGUCACUGUCGGAGACCAGCGAUGCUGCAUGUACACUUAAAUCCUCAAUCAUUGUUUUCGCAGGUGGCUUUUAUGUUAGCAGUUAGUGCUGAGCGACAUUGACUUUAUUUUUUUCUUGCGAUACGCUGUGAGCUGAAGCUGGGCUCAGAAUACAGGAGUAGAUUUACACUCCCUCCUCCACGUUGUUCAGUCGUGUUAUGUGACAAUCGGUGUUGGUUUGUCUGUUAGCAACAUUACUCAAAAACAGACUUGAUUUGGAUGAAAUUUUCAGGGAAGGUCAGAAAUGACAGCAGGACCACCUGAUUAGAUUUUGGCAGUGAUGUGGCUCAUAGUGUGGAUCCACGGAUUUGUUAAAGGUUUCUGCAUCAUUGCAAGAUAGCGGCGCAGCGUCACUGUAACUAUGACAACAAGUUAACACUACGUCAGCUGCCUGCUGACGAUCACAUAAUUGCGAUCCUUCUACAAAUCGACUGUUGUGGACUUAUCAGGACUUAUCCAUCGGAAAUCAUGAAAGGAACAAUUGAUAAAAUUGUGGGGAUGCUUCGGAAUCCCAUCAAUUCCCACCACCCGCUGCAUAUUUAGGUCACGCGAUUCGGUAUCCGUACAUAACGUACACAUGCAUAACACACGCCUGUGCUCAGCACAAAGUAAUUUUGUUUGUGGGUACAUCUUUAUUAAAUGGACACAUUCUAUGUUGCCGUGAUUUCUGCCACAAAUUUUUUCAAGGUUUUAUCUGUCGAAAAUGAUACAAUGACUGAGCAGCCUUGGCAGAGUACUGCGCACUCUGGGUGCUUUUUUUGGUAAUGGAAGGUGGUUACAGAUCCAAUCUUCAACGUCCCCUCACAGACUGAUUAACAUCAAUGAUUGAAGUUUACGGGGAUAAUCAUGAUUAACAUUUUAUGCUAACUGCUAACUGUAGCCACAGAUUAAACUGAAACUUAAAAUCUCACAGCUCAUCUCAAUCGCAUCUUUCCAAACUCAUUUAGCUUCUGCUUUUGUUUUUUUCCCACUGCAAAGUAUUAUUAGUGUGUGUUCAGAUUACGAGGCAGUGCAUAAUAUUCUUCACAAUGUUUCAUAAUGUGGUGGCAACUAACAGUUAUUUUAACAGUCGAAUUAUAGAUUGAUUAUUGAAAUUAAAAAUUCUAGGUAUAAAUUGCACAGUUACUAAAUGGCUCGUAUUUCGCUAUCUGCUUUUAAAUUCAGCUUGAGGUUGUUUUAGGCACAAGCUAGCUAGAAAUAAAGGCGGUAAAGAUGCUUGUUGUGUACUUUUGUAUUUGUGCGUUUUUGUGAAUUGGAGCUACAGCACUGCAGUUUUUGAUACCGAGCUUUGUGAAAUUAAAAAGCUGUUCAAACCAGAAUACGCAACGAUGUCACCAACUAAUCGAGAUUUGAUUUACGAACACCAAUAUUUUCCAACGUUGUGUUUUGUGUCCAUGUCUGAGAUUAGCAAGUAAAGCAACCAUGUGUUGGGAUUUUAAAACCCCUGUAGCGUGAGCCCAGCUUCAACCAAUCAGACACUCUUGAAGAUUCAGCUGACUGCGACAAAAUAAGCCCAAAUAAUUCUGCGAUGCGGAAAUGUUCUGGUUUUGUAAACUUUAUGUAAGUUUGAAAGAACAGGCGGCAAGUUGUUACAUGUUCUCGCAUCUGAGAUUACAGCAGCAGUCCCUUAAAAUUCAACAAAAAAAAUCACAGCUAACUUUGGAAUGAAUGAAUUCUUCUCAUGCAGUGUUGAUGUUGGUCUGAACAAAGCCAAUGUUUUAUUGGACAUUUUGACAUCUACAUCUCAAGAAAACACUUGAAACUAAAAGUAGACGAAGUUCUUGGCUUCCAUCACCUGACAUUCACAUCCAUUUAUUUCCAUUUAGCUGCCGUCAUCAUCCAAAUUGCAAAAUUCUUCCUCCUAUUUAAUUUUCUCUCUCAGCACAAACUGCUGUAGAACUCACUGUACAUGUAAUAUAAUGACUAGUAUUCUUUCCUUUUUGUUAAGACAAAAGUACCUAACAUCAGUUUUAAUAAAGACUUAUAAAAGCCUUGCGACAAGGAGAUAUGGAACAUAUUUAUCUGUUGAAAAAAAAUACACUCAAAAAGAGCACAAAAGGAAUCUAUAAGGGGACUUUUCAGAUUUUGGUCAGAAUUUGUAUCAAUACUAAAGAAAAAUAUAGGCAGUAUUGCACAUAAAUGACCCCGAUGCCGUAGUGUUAGAAUAUAAUGACCCUACAUUAUCAAAGUAUUGCCUCAUUUAAUUUAAAGUAAGUAAACUGAAACGAUCUAACAACACUGAAGCCUGGACCUCAGCCCUCAGAGCUCACUGUGUAAAUAAAGCAACCAUCACCAUCCAUCUUUCUUCUAUCUAUAUAGUCACAAUUGUUUUUUCCACUGUUCCCUGUAAUGUCGAACAUGUUAUGUCCCAUUACCUGUCAGCCAGUUACCGUGCACAUAGUUAGCAACUCCCUUCAUGAAACAGUUCUGGCGAUGCUACCCGCUUCCUCUGUAGAAGCUGCUCUGAAUAUGUCUUGAACAGCAUUCUUCUCUGCACUUUUAUUAGUGUUCAAAUCAAUGCAGCAGAAUUGGAGUUUUUCUUUUUCAUUGCGUUCAUCUUCCUCAUCAAAUCAUGGCUCCUACAUUACCCACAAUGCAACUCGUUCAACUUUCAGCAAAACUCCUCAUGGUUAGACACGAAACUUUGUGAGACAAAAAAAAAACUACAGUAUACAACAGAAUGAGGACACCCCUGUGCAAAAAAUGUCAAAUACUUGAAAAUUGUAUCACCAUACAGUAAUCACACGACUUCUAAGUAGUACACUAGGUCGUAAUGUAAACUAGAGUUCAGAUUUUCUGCAGACUGUAAUCAUCCAGUCGAUAUUUCAGUGUACCACAGAUAGUCAUGGACUAUUAAUGUCAUCCUUCCAUCAUAUUUUACCCUCCAUACAAUCACAUACCCACUUGAGUUCUUCACUGUCAGGACUAUGCAUUCACUAUAGUUUGACAGUGAAGAACUCAGGUGGGUAUGUGAUUGUAUGAUGAUUGUAUGAUCACACCACAUAUUAGACCCAAUCUGAGUAAGAAUGUGCUCCUAAUAUUCAUCUGACUUUUUUCAUGUUCUUUACCAAAGUAUAUUGUUUUGCAGUUUUGUACAGAAAAACAAGCAAGGUUUUGUUUGUUUCAUCAUCCAUAACAUCCAUAUAUGGUCACGUAAUGUAAUGUCUUCCACACUGAGCUGUUUCAAAAACUCUCCACAGAUAAGCCCUGUGUCAAACCUGAAACAUUUGUCUUUCUAUUUUUCAGAGUUGUGUACUGUCUGUGGCGUGAUUUUAGGACGACGACCAAGGUGACCAUGAUUAGCGGUACUAUAGCUCGUUCUAUACCUCUUGAUUACUGCUGCAGCUGUGUUUAAUCUGAUUUUUUUUUGUUGGUCAGUGAUCUCCUUGUAUUAUUUUCCAUCCUUGUCCAGUUUUACAAUUAGAUUUUUCAGUUCUUUUGUCAGUUUUACUCCGCCAAGGAACGCAGCAAAGUUAUGUGACGAUUGGCAUACAUUUGUCCGUCUGUUUGUCUGUCUGUUAGCAACAUUACUCACAAUUGGACUAACAGAUUUGAAGUAAAUUUUCAGGAAAGGUCAGAAAUGACACAAGGACCAAUUGAUUAGAUUUUGGCAGUGAUGCGGCUCAUAGUCUGAAUCCACGGAUUUGUUAGAGAUUUCUGUAUCAUUGUGAGAUAGCGGCACGACGUCACUGUAACUAUGACAACAAGUGAACACCACGUCAGCUGCCUGCUGAUGAUCACAUUAUUGCAAUCCUACUACAAAUCGAUCACUGAGGACUUGUCAGGACUUAUCCAUCGGAAAUGAUACAAGGAACAGUUGAUUAAAUUGUGGGGAUGUUUCCGAGUCCCAUCAAUUCCAGCCGCCCGCUACAUAUUUAAGUCACGCGAUUCGGUAUCCGUACAUAAUGUACACAUGCAUAACACAUGCCUGUGCUCAGCGCAAGUUAAUUUUUUAUUAAAGACUUCAUCCGUCAGAAAUGACACUGGCUGAGAAGCCUUGGUGGAGUACUGCUUUUCUUGUUUUCUAUUCGGAGCCAUGAUGCAGGCAUGCAGACAUAUAGUUUCAAAACAGAAAGUUCUGGUGUUCACCGUCUUUAAAACCAUGGUUGUGCUUUUACUUUUGUUUCAGUGAUCACAGGUUUUUUGAAGGUUGUUUUGUUGCAUUGACUUUCUGCUUUGGGGAAUGUAUUUUUAAUAUAGUCUUUCUAAAGUAUUUGUCUUUGAUUGUUGAUAACAGGAAGUAACUUGAUGUUCUACCUAGAAAUAACACAACUGUUGAGAGGUGAUGCAACUUUUAAUCAUUUGACAUUUAAGCGAUAUUGCACAGAGGUGAACUCACUUCUGUUGUUUACUAUAGGUAUAUGUUUAGACUUUCAUAGAUGAUAAGCUGAAUUCAACAAAUAAAAUCAAGCACUCUGCUCCAGGAAAAUAGCAAAAUUCUAAGUAUUGGCGCCAAAUAUUUAAUUAUGGCAGCUUCAGUUCAAAAAUAGACUGAAUGCGUAGUUUUCGAAGACACAUACGAGUCAACCCAGUACAGACAUUUACUUUUAAAGGUCAUCCACAGUAUACUAUGUAUGGGAAUGCACAGAAACUAGUAUGUAUUACCAUCAUAUUCAGUAGCAGCUGUGUGUGUGUCCUGGUUAUAUGUAGCUUUUAUAUGUAGGAAUAAAGAAUCGGCAAGCUUCACAAUGUAAUAUCACAGUCCACACUGUAUUUAAAGCUUUUUCUGCUGAGUAGAAGAACGUGCUUUAUUGGUGCUCAUCCAUUUAGAGCGUUUUUGUACAAUGCAUGUGUUGUUUUUACUGUCCAGUCCGAACCCAUGUUGUCUUACCCAGAAAUCUGCUUUCUAAUUCUCAACCUUUGCCUUGAAAAUGUUUUUGUUGGAGCAAUGAUUCAUCGUUUUCUACCCAAUACAUAGCAAUGCCUUUUAAUAUACAGUAACUCCCUUUAUACCUUUAAUUAUGGAACUUUAAGCAAUGACAUAUGUUUGUAUGAAGACUAAAGCGUCUUUGGAAAUGUUUGAAGAAAGUCGUAAGAAAGAAACAUGUUCUCUUUUCUCUU